AUGCCUGACGCUCCCGCGGUCGACGAUGCAAAGCCCGUCUUCAGAUACCUGCCAAGUCCUGAGGAGCAGCUCCUACCGCGCACUCACACUACUGCUUGGAUGCCCCUUCUCGGCGACUUUGUCGUCUUCUCCAUCGAUCCAGUCGCGUCCGUCGCCCAUCUUGACAAGGUGGCUCGACACGCCGCCAAGAAGAUUCAAACACAUCGUCACGUCGGGCUCGUGAUUAUGGUGGAAGGCAUACCGAUGGACGACGUUCCGGUCAACGCGUUCAACUUCGCCUUCCUCAGGAAGGGUUUACCACGGAUGGCUCCCCCGCACAGCUAUCCGGAUCUAUGCAUUCCUGUCCUGCCCAAUACCUCUCAUCCCUCUAGUUAUGAAGCACUUCGGCCUAUGCACCCUCUUCCGUGGGACGACUGUUAUAUCAGUGCCACGGACGAGUUGGGUUUCCGCACUUUGCGCGUGAAGACCACCGUCCGAGACUACACACCCAUCCUUCCGCUGUUUCCCGAGGAGUUGUGGCGCGUGAAUACCAUCGUCGAUGAUUGUGACGGACUUACGGAACAGAGGGAGCGGCGGAUUCAAAAGGGCGAGCUUGAAGCCAUAGCCACGAUCCCUCUACCGGAAUCACCAACAUCAUCCAAGCACGUACCCCUCCCCGUUCUUCCGAAUGAAGGUAUUAAUAGCCUUCAUGAACUGGGAGAGGGUUCCUCGGUGUACUCGAGCGCAUCGUCACAGGAGCAGCAAUUAACCACUCUGAACCCAGACGAUGUCUCCAUGAUCGGCAGCGUUGAUUCCAGCUCAUCCGGAGAUCUCCCGAGGCACGCUCUGAAAGACGUCGACAUCGGAUUCAUGCAACACUUUGAGAGCCUGCUCAAUAGUGGAGGGAGUGUAGACGACCCCGUCGUCGAUAUCUGGUACGACCUGGACAUGGUGAAGGAGGUUACCGAUAUGUCACUGUUCCUUGACGAAUGCGAUCAGAUCAGGCGAAUCAUAGAUGACGCCGAAGAACGACUAGGGAUUCGUGCCGCCAAAGAAGCCGCUGCUGCCCAACGCGAGACAUUACUGGCAGAGCGCGCCAAAUGGCUCUCCGAACGCGACGCCCGGGACAGACGCAACUGGUCUGACCGAUUGUCGGGGAUCUUACAAUCAAGCCUGCGCUUGGUGAUCUGCCAGUCGGCUGUGCACGACGACUGA